GUGGAUAAUGGCGAGGAAGCCGAGGCCGUCCAAGAGGAACAGGCAGGGACGGGAUUCUGCUGGUCAGGGUGUGGAGUUGUCUGACAGGAAUUUACGCCUGAUGCAUAAGGCGCUGAGAAAGCUGGCGAGGCGCGAGGAGAGGCAACCCCGAAAGCAAAGUGGCAGGGCGGAGGAGGAGGAGAAGGGGGAGGAGGAGGGGGAGGAGGAAGAGGAGGAUGAGGGGGAGGAGGAGGACGACGACGACGAGGAGGAGGAACGGGAGGAGGAGGUGGAGGAGGAGGGGGUGGGGGAGGAGGAUGACAGUGAAG